AUGAGUAAAAGAGCAAAGACAACUCCCAAGGAAGAAUUACCGCAAGGUACAGUGUUACAAGAUACCAAUGGUAAUGAAUGGGAGAUUCAAAAUAUAAUUGGUAGUGGAGGAUUUGGAUAUGUUUAUCGUGGUUAGUAAUAUAAAUACAUUUUUAGUUUUCAUAUUUUAAAUAAUAUUAAUUUUAGGAACUAAACACGGUGUUCGGUCAAGACAAGAAUAUGCAAUUAAAACAGUAAGUUAUUUGAGUUAAUUUGGUUUAAUUUUUAGUUGUAUGUGUCAGACAAUAAUUUAUAGGCAAUUUGAAAUUAAAUAAUAUAAAUAAUUUAUUUUAUUAAUGUUUUGUAAACAUUGCUUUGGAAUUAAUAAUACAUUCUACAAAAACAAAUUGUUAAAUUUUAUCAUUAUUUAUUAUUUUAUUUAUUUAUUUACUGUGAAAUUAUAAAAUUCAUAUUUUUUUUAUGUUAAAUGUGCUGGUUUGAUUUGCACUGUCUUGGUUUAGGUACCUAUUAUAUUAUUUUAGAAUUUUUGUUGUCUUAUAUUAUAAUGAUAAAGGUAAUAGUUAUAUUAAUUUAUUCAACAAAAAUCCUAAAAAAAAUAAUAGGAAUAUUAUAGAUUAACUAAUUCUGUUUAAAAUAGAGCAUAGAAAAACAUACAAAUUUUGUUAGUUUAUAAGCCUUUGUUUAUCAUGUACAAAUAAUUAUGGUCAAACAAAUGCAAAUGUAAACAAAAAAUGUUAAUUAUUUAAUUGUUUUAAUUCACGGAAUAAAAUUGCUCAGUAUUACACUUUGCUUAAAAUAUGUACAUUGUUCAUUUUACUAUAUUCUAAUUAGAUUUACAUAAUAAUUUGCUCUUCAUUUUUUUUUUUUUUUUGGGUUGAUAGGAAAAUAUGGAGAGUGGACCACUAUUUGUAGAACGAAUGUUUUAUCUAAAAAACAUGAAAGCAGAAAGUAUUAUUCAUACGCAAAUAUUUCAUUUCUGUAACUAAAUAAAAAAUUGUGCUUUUAUUUUAAGGUAUCAAUGGCUGGAAAUUAGAUAAAAAACUAAUAGAAUUACCGUUGCCAAGUUUUUAUGGUUUUGGAAGUAUUGAUUACAAUUUUAAUAAGUAUAGGUUUAUUGUCAUUGAAAAGUUUGACAAAGACCUAGAAGCAUUUUUAAAAAGUGUUUCAGAUAAUUUGUUGCUAGGAGCUGUCAUUAACAUUAUUCGACAAAUGGUAAUCAACCAAGCAACAUUUUUACUUUGUAACUUUUUUAACAAGUUUUUUUUUUGUGCAGAUUGAUGCAUUGGAGUACAUACAUGAAUGUGGAUAUGUUCAUUGGGAUAUUAAAAGUCAAAAUAUAUUUGUGGGUAAAAAGCCUAAAGAAAAUCAUGUAUAUUUAGGAGAUUUUGGUAUGGUAACUAAGUAUAAAACUGAAAAUGUUGUACCAAAUAAAAAAUUGGCGAACAAUGGUACAUUGGAGUAUAUUGCUUUAGAUGGUCAUGUUGGAAGUGAGUUUUGUUUAAAACUAAUUUAUUUAAUAAAUUCUUAUUCUAAAACAAAUAAAAUAUAUUGUUACAUAAUAUUUUUAAUUGUUUAUUUCGUAGUGCAUACUCGUCGUGCAGAUUUGGAAAGUCUUAUGUACAAUGGUUUGGAGUGGUUAAAACUUAAGUUACCAUGGAAAGGUGAAACAUUGUCUAAAACUAUAACUUCUAAAGUAGAAAUGAAAGAUGAAGUAUUAAAAGCAGGACCAAAAGAAAAAAUCUACAAUUAUGAUAAAGUACCGCAUUGUAAGUAUUAUAUAUGUGUAAAUAUUAUGAUAGUCUUAAGUUAUAUAGGAAAAUAAAAAAUAGAAUAUUUGAUCCAAGUACUCGUUAAUUUUUAAUUACCACAAAAAAAAAUAUUUAGUCAAAAUUUCAUUAUGAUUCCACCUUCUUCAGGUCCCUCAAGAGGAUUGAAAAUUCACCAAAGAGGGUAUAUUUAUGGUUUUUUCAAAUCAAGUAAAAAAAAUAAAGCAUUUAGCAUAAAACUUUUAAGGACAUUUAGUAUAGAAAUCAAAAUUUCCAAAAAAAAAAAUGUCUUCAUAGAUUCUCAAAAUAAAUUAUUUUUUUGGAGAAAUGAAAAAUAAAAAAAAAAUGUUAGUUUUUUAAAUAUUUUUGUUAUAAUGUUGAAAAUACAGUUAAAUGUUUUCCAUAAAUAUUCAUCAAAAUUAAAUAUCCUCAAAAGAAUUUAAUUUGGUUUAAAUCGAUCUUAAGUCUUAAAUAUUUAAUAAAAAAAUAUUUUUUAAUACAUUUAAAUUUGAACAAGUUUAUUUAAAUCCUGGAUAUCCUGGCUAUUGCUUUCUGUAAUCAUGGAAAUCUAUAAUUAUAAUAAAAAAUAAUUAUGAUUGAUAAAGUGAUAACUACUGAAUAAUUAUUUAAUAAAUUCAAAUAAAUAAGGAUUACCUGUAAAGCAUAUUGUUCAAAUUUAGAUAAACAUCAAUUUUGUAUGUUGAAAUCAUAUCCUGAGGUAUUUGAUGUAUUAAAAGAAGUAGUAGAUAAUGUUUUAUUAUUUUGUACAAAAAAAUUGAAGAAAGUUUUCCAAGAGAUGACUAUAAAGAAUUUAUAGAACUUGUUAUUAGAUUUUUGGGAGAAUCACUUCUCCAAGGUACAUUGUUUCGACCUCCAGGGGCAAACCAUUUACCUUAAUGAAUAGCAAAAGAAUAUAUUGCCAUACAAUUUUGUUUGUGAAUAGUUAAAACUUACAUUAUUAGAAAAAAUAAAUUUUCAAGAAAUAUGUUGUUUCAUUAUUAUUUGCUAUUUAGAGACAUGGAUAUGUUUACUCGAUCCAAUUGUAGCUCCAUUAAAUUAAAUUAUUAUUUUAAAAAAAAUUAGUUAACUAUAAUAAAUUUAAUAAAAAACUUCUAGGAAAUGAAGCAAUAAAAAAAUGCAUAAACCACUUUUGAUAUUUAAAUUAAGAAUAUUGUGUAUUUUAUUAUUAUUAUUAGUUUAUUUACGCUGAACGGCAGUUGAACAUAAUUAUGAAAGAUACAAUUGUUUACUUAAUAGUUUAAAUUGUAAAAUUUACAAAGCUUAUUAGGGUAUGUGAUUAUUAAUUAUUAAUUAGAUAAAAAUAAAUAAAUAAAUAAAAUAAAAUAUAUACGCCAAAGAUAAUAAAUAAAUAAAUAUAAUAAUUAAACAAUAUUGAAAAUACAAAUUAAUGAAGUACGUGGCAUAAGAUAUUAAUCGUUAUUUGCAGAUCUUAGCAUUUGAUUCAAUAUAUGGUUGUGACUAUAGGUGGUUUUAUGUGUUAGAAUAAAUAAUUGGGAUUGGGAUCUGGAGGAAUAAUCUGGGAUUUUAAAUUGUGUGAUAGCAAGAUCAGGUACAUCUAAGGAACUGUUUAAAAAAGCUUCUAAGAAAUCCAAAUCAGCUUUAUCAUGACAGGUGGUUAGCAUUUGUAUGUUUAAGGCCUGCCUUGAGUUUGAAUAAUUGUGGGGUGUAUGUUGGAUAUUAAAUUUAAAAGCUGCAUAGUUUAAACAUUUAUUUUGUACAUGUUCCAGAUGAAAUAAAUCCUUUGCUAAGUAUUGCUUCUAGACUACUGAUCUGUAUUCAAGUUGUGAUUAAACUAAGGCAAAUUAUAUAGUGCGUAAACACCUGAUAGAUUUAAAUAAUUUUGUGUUAUGAAUGAUAAAUCCGAGAAUUUUUUAAUGCUUUAUUCACUACAAUGGUGAUGUGAAGGCUGAGAUUAGCCGAGUAAUUAAAUCCUAUGUCUUUAAUACUAUAAAGGCGUUCUAAAUUAGAGCUAUUGAAAAAUAAGAAGGAAGAGUAGGGCAGCGUGCUCUGGAGAAAGAAAUUACAUGUCACUUAGCUAAACUUAAAGAUAGGUCAAGCUGGGAAACCCAUUUGGAGUAUGUGUUUAGAUCGCUCUGGAGCAGUAAAGAAUCAUCAGGACAGCGAAUUUGAUAAAAUAUUUUUAUAUUGUCAGCAUAAAACAGUAUUUUAACUUGUGUAAGCCACUGGGAUAAAGAGUUAACAAAGAGAGAGAAUAAUAAUGGGCUAAGGUGGCCACCCUGAGGAACAUCUGAAGAAAUAGCAUAAAUUUCAGAACUGGAGCCUAAAAUAGAAACAAAUUGUUUCCUGCCAGUGAUGUAUAAUUUAAACCAGAAUAACAGUGAAUUGUCAACAUCCAUGCAUUCCAAUUUGUUAAUUAAUAGUUCGUGGUCAACUGUGUAAAAUGCUUUGUUAAAGUCAGUAGUAAUAACAUUAACCUGAUUGCCUACCUUAAGGCAAUCGCUAAUGUAGGUUGUAAAAACAACACUGCUAGUAAUUGUUGACUUACCGUGAUGAAACACCAUGUUGCUCAUCAAUUAAAACAUGAUAAAAUUAUCUUUUAAUAUUAUUAAACACAAUUAGUUCAAAAUUUUGUAUAGGUGAGAUAGAAUAGAUAUAGGACAGUAAUUGGUGACAUUUGAUGGGUCCCCAGAUUUUAAAAUCUGAGUAAUGGAACAGAUUUUCCAAAUGCCAGGGAAAAUACUAUUAUCGAAAGCAUAUUGGUAAAGUAGGAAGAGAGGUAAAGCUAAGGAGUAACGGCAGUUGUAAAGGAGGCUUACAGAAAUACCAUCUGAGCUGUUAGAGUGUUUGUUUUUAAGUCAUCUAGUGCGAAAGUAUAUCAUGGAAAAAGAAAGUUGAGGUUGGAGGUAGGUUAAAUAACAAUUUAGGUUGUGCGGUCUGAGAGUGAGAGGCUAUUGUUUGGGUAAAGAUAGAAGAAAAGUGUUCGAAAAUAGGUUGGCAGACUCAGUUGGGCUGGCCAAUGAUUCAUUAAGACUUACACAUGAGGGAAUGAUUUGUUUAUGAUUUAGAUCUUUACAUAAUUCCAAAAGGAACGAGGUAAUUCAGAUAGGGAAGAUUUGUUGUUGCUGAUAUAUUUAUGAUAAUUUAGUUUAGAGAGACAUUCGGAUUAGCGCAGAUUUCAAAAAAUGUAUUAUAGUCAGAUGGUAGGUCUGAUUUUUUGAACUUCAAGUACGAUUUUUUCUUUUUAUAAAUAAAACUUAUUAAUUCGGUGUUAACCCAGCUUCAAAAUUUAGGUUUUUUUGAUAUUCUAAGUGGAAUGUACUGCCUUAUACAUGUAUAUAAAGCAUCACUAAAAACGGUUGUUGUGUCAUUUGUGUUGCAUUCCAAUUAAAGGACUCAAACAUUUUUGAGGCAUCCUUAUAAUCACAAUUUUUUAAAAUUAUGAUAUUCAGAGGGUUCACUGGGUAGUACAGAGAUUGACAUGAGAGGGAAAAUAAUUUUUAGUGGUGAAUGGUAGAAAUCAGGUUUAACUAAGGGAGUAGUAGCUUGUGUUACAGAUUUAUUGUUUGAACUUGAAAACAUGAGAUGCAAUAAGGUAUUAUACAUGUUCAAGAUUGUGUUACAUUAAAAUAAGUUUAGAAAUGAAAAUGAAUCAGCAAUGAUUGCCGCUGAAGCAGAUGUAGAGUUUGACGGAAUGAGACCGAGAUUGUCAAAUGACCAAGUGACAUCUAGGAGGUUGUAAUCUCCACAUAACAUAACGUUAUUAGGGAUAAAAACGUUUACUUGUUUUUUAACAUAAGAUGUAUAUAACUCAGUCAUUAGCCAAACUAAAGGGUUGUAAAUAGACAACUCCUAUCAAAAAACGCAUAAAGUUAAAUGAUAAAAUAAUAAAAAGUUGUGCGAUACAAUUGACAUCAGUUGUUAUAAGUGAGGCCUUAAGAUUAUAUCUAAUGACAAUGAGAACACCACCACCACAGGAGCCUGUAUUUUUGCUAGAGUUCCUGUCCAGUUGGAAUAUCUGAAAGUCUGUUAGACUGAUUUUAGAGUCAAGUAGUUCUGGAAAUAAUCAUGUCUCAGUCAAGACAAUGAUGUCGUAGGUGCCUAGUGUAGGAAAAUUAUAUGUAAGAUCGUUAAGUAUAGUCCUAAGGCCAUGCACGUUUUGGUAAAAGAUAUUUAAAUUAAAUUUGAUAAGAGUAAAUAUAGUAAAUGGAGCAAUUGUCGUCUUAAUUUUAAUGGUAUUUGUAAAAUUAAAAAAUUCAGAUAUCUUAGGUAAAUAUGCAAUACAUAUAGAAAAGUUUGAAUUAUAAGUAAAUAAAUUAAAAUAAUCAUAAAUAUUAGUGUGCUGAGAAUCUGGGUCAGUGAGGAAGAUAUCAAAUGAAGGUUGAGGGUGUUUACUUAGUUUUUUGAAGUUGAUCUGUUGACAUCGUGAUGGUGGUUGACAAUAUGAGGAAUUCUGUUAGAGUAUCUGAUUCUAAUGUUUGAUUCACCUUUAUCAGUCCUGUCUUUGAAUUCUGCAUAUGUCUGAUGUACUAGCUUCUAUUCCAUCAAAGUACGGUUCCGUGAAAUGGAAAUUGUGACUGAGGGACAAGAACGUUUUGUAGUAUUGAAUGUUGACAGGAUAUUUAAAACUUCUUCCUUAAUAUUUAGGAAAAUUUUGAGUGGUCUAGGGUUAAUAGACUGUGAUCGACCAAGCUUUAUGAGUUUAAAUUUGGAUGGCAGAGAAAUAGAAAGAGGACUUAAUAUAUAAAUUAAUUAAUAGAAUUGGAUGCAAUCCUUUCAGUGACUAAGGUAGAAGAUGUUCAAUUAAAUUUUGUACUAUUAAGUUAAGUGAGUACUUUCACAUUCUGUGAAUUUCUCUAUCAUAUCGGGUACAAUUAUUUGAUGACCAACACGGUCAUCAACGCGAUGAUUAAACUAAAUUCAAUACAUUUUUGGAAUUUCUGAUUUCUAAAACAAAGGUCUUUUAAAGUGCAAAAUGGUUUAUUUUUUUUACUUAAAUUCGAAAAACUUUAAAAUAACCUCUUUGGUGAUUUUUCAACCUUCUGGAGGGACGUAAAGUCUAUCUCCUUUGUUGGUAAUCAUAAUCAAAUUUUGGUUAAAUUUUUUUCUAGUGGACUUAAAAAAUUUAUGGGUACUACCUGUCUCACAAUUUUGAAAGAUCAAAAAUAAGGACCGCCCUAAUACAUUUAUAUUAUUAUUUACAAUAGAAAAAAGACAUUAUACUUUAUUGAAGUUAAUAAUAUUAUUAUCAUGUUUAACUUUGAAAUUUAAUUUUUAUUAGAAUAUACCUAUUAAGUUCUAAUUUUACAAUUUAUUUGUGUGUAGUGUUUUUUUGGGGAACAUAUGUAUUUCUUUUUAUUUAAGAAUGCCAUUCUUAUUAAUUUCAUAUAUGUUCUGAGUUAAUAUAUUUUUAAUAAUAUGUAUUAUUACCUAUGUAAUUCCUUUAGUAUUAUAUUGUAAUUAUUAUCUUAGGUUUAAAUAUCUGUUUUAAACUGAUUGAAUGUUGUUGUUAUUAAUAGGUUAUUUUAGAUCCAUGAAAAUUAUUUAUAGCAUGGAACCCGCUGAGAAACCAGACUAUGCUUUUUUAAAAAAGUUACUUAAAGAGUAUAAAAAAGAAAAAAAGAGUUCAAAAUAA